UGCAGUGCCCACAGGAUCAGGUGGUUGCGGAGCCGGGCGCAGCCGUACGAUGCAGCUGAGACAAGCACAGCCCCCGGCAGCCUCUGGAGCUGCUCUCCAGAACAAGGCGACCUCUAAGCUCCAAUCCAUCACAGAAACGAUGUGCUGAUACUGCAGGACACCACGGCAACAAUGGAAUACCAGAUAUUGAAAACAUCUACCUGUCUGCUGGUCCUUCUGAUUUUCAUACCCGCUGGUUUGGGUAUCUGUCCUUCUAGCUGUAAGUGCUCAGGAAACGACAGGAAUGUGGACUGUUCAGGCAGAAACUUAACUGUACUGCCCCAGGGACUUCAAGACAACCUUACAUAUUUAAACCUGUCCUUUAACCAGUUUGUAGAUCUCGAUCAUCAGCUAACGAGGUUCACCAAUCUGAGGACCCUUGAUAUUUCAAAUAAUUGGCUUAAGAACGUUCCUGCUCAUCUGCCCAAGUCCUUAUGGGAAUUAUAUGCCACAAACAACAACAUUAAAGUUCUUCAGAAACUUGAUACAGCUUACCAGUGGAAUCUUAGAGUGCUCGAUAUUUCCAGGAAUAUGGUGGAAAGAGCUGUCCUGAUCAACAACACACUGAGCAGUCUCAAGUUUCUCAAUCUCAGCAGCAACAAACUUUGGACAGUUCCAACCAAUAUGCCCUACAACAUAGAGACAGUGGAUCUAUCCAAUAACUUCUUGUCCCAGAUACUCCCAGGAACACUGGUGAGACUGCAACACCUCACAAGCCUCUACCUGCACAACAACAAGUUCUCAUACAUUCCUGACAAAGCCUUUGACCAGCUCUCCCAGCUGCAGGUAAUAACUCUGUACAACAACCCCUGGUCGUGCAGCGAUAACCAAACCAUCCCUUACGUGCUGCAGUGGGUGCAGGGCACAGCCGCCCGCGUGCUGGGGGCCCCCUGUGCGGAGCAGCCCUGGGGGAAAUUACUGGGGUUAUUCCUGGGAUGACAGCUGGAGUUAACACAUCCAGCUGAAACAAUGAAUGAAAGAAAUUCAAAGUCCCGACUCUGAUCUAAAGAAAGUAACAGUUCUUAAAGACGCGCACACUAAUGUCUUGAUACUAAGCUGCUACUUAUUUUCAUAUGUCUUAAUUGAGUACAACUAAUCUAUUAUUUUGUUUUUAAAAAUGUGCUUAUUUUGUAUUUAAAUUUUUCAUUUUACUUGCACAGAAUAAACACAUCAGAAUUUUAGGUACUGAUUUUACGUAUGAUUUUGUCAUUGAACAACUGGAAAAAAACAGAAGGCCUGUAUCAUAUCUGCAUUGUCUUGCUUGACUUGCCAGUGAGCAAUUCCUGUAAUAUAGCAGCACAGAUUCUUUGUAAGUUAUGAUGACAUGCAAAAGAAAGGGAAAAAAUAAAGGAACUAAACCGAACUGUUUCACUAAUCAGAAGUUAUUCCUGAGCAAAAUCGCUAGCAUGUAUAUCUACGUUUGCUUCAUAUGUAUUAGAGCAUUUUAAAUAUGAAGAACAACAGUUUUGAAUUUAGGAAUUAAAUAUGACAAUGCCAUGAUGUCUGCUAAGAGGGUGCAAACCGAGAUGGCAACAUGGUCCAACUUCAGCAUGGGACAGUGGUAGGGGCCAGUAUCCUUCUGCUCUGGCUUGACUUAGAGACCUCAGGCAAGUUAUUGCUCUCUCCAUAUUAAAAAAGAAAAAAAAAGAAGAAAAAAAAGAGAUAAAAGUAGCAAAAAAUGCCAGAUGUUCAAUGCCAUGACACUGUCAAACACCAAGGAGUUAUCUACCCAAAUUAAUGACCUGGAACUCCUUGACUUUAUGUCAAGUGACAUCCUGAAAUGUUAAUAUAUUCUGCUUAAAAGAAUACCACAAAUCAGCCAGAACGUAGCAAACUACUAUCAGUAAAAUGAAACAUCAGCUGAUUUCUAACACAAGUCAUGUAACAAAUCAAUGAAGCAGUUAGCUGGUGAGCUGUCACUGAAACACUCCUGACUCUUGUGGCUCCAAAGAGAAGGAAUGCAGGCCAUGGCACUGAACAUGCCCAAUCCCUGCUUUCUAAGGGCGAGCAUGGAUGCUCUUCUCCUCGACAUCUGCUCCGCCAGCCAGUAGAAAUAGCUGCACGCAUGGUUCUGUCCACUCUAGGAAAACUAUUUAAAUUAUGGCAAAGGUACCUGAUAUACUACAGAUGAAGUUUUGCAAACAGCAUGAAAUGAAAACUGAAGAACAAGUUAAUUGAAAAAGUAUUAUCCACUUAAUAUUACAGAUGUUAUACAAUGUUUUCCAUUCAUUCCAGGCCAUUUAUUUUCCAGUUAUUGUAGCAUGAAGGUGCUGCAAAACCCAGAAAACCUCACAACCAAGACUGGAGUCCUCUACCUGUUUCUCCUAAGGUGUCAAUGGGGGCUGUAGAUCAUUUACAACUACUGGUAUCAGAGAAAUGACAACUUUCCAAUUGUGAACAGUAUUUCUAUAACCGGAUACGUGUUUUAAUUUCUAACAGUAAAUGUUACACAAUGGAUUUGUACAGUUAUUUCAUUGGCAUUUAAGUAAAAAUAAAGUUAUGUUUGUAUUGAACUGAA